AUAUAAAUAUUUUGACAAAUGUAAUCCAAGGUUCCGCUUCUGCCUUGCCCUUUAUUAAACGUCAUAUCCUGACCUGGCUGACUUCUGUCCGUUGCGCGCAUGCUUAGUUCUCUUUACGACUCGGCUGACAAAGAUGGCGGAUGCACAAACCGAGAGGGCUUAUCAGAAGCAGCCAACCAUCUUCCAGAACAAGAAGCGUGUUCUGGUUGGUGAAGGUGGCAAGGAGGCCAAGGAGAAGCUCCCACGCUACCACAAGAGCGUUGGUCUAGGCUUCAAAACCCCAAGAGAGGCUAUCGAUGGUACUUACAUUGACAAGAAAUGCCCCUUCACUGGGAAUGUCUCCAUCCGUGGUCGUAUCCUCUCCGGCGUGGUGACCAAGAUGAAGAUGCAGAGGACCAUCGUCAUCAGACGUGACUACCUGCAUUACAUCCGCAAAUACAACCGCUUUGAGAAGAGGCACAAGAACAUGUCUGUCCAUCUCUCACCUGCCUUCAGAGACGUCUCCGUCGGAGACAUUGUUACCGUCGGAGAGUGCCGACCCCUCAGCAAGACAGUCAGGUUCAACGUCCUCAAGGUCACAAAGGCUGCUGGAGCCAAGAAGCAGUUCCAGAAGUUCUAAUCUAGGAUGUGCAGGAGAUAAGACCAAUUGACAGGAAGGCUUUCUAGGCUGACCUGCUCUGAAGUAUCUGAAAUAAAGAAAAUGUUCUGUA